AUGGAGAGGAUGCACACGGAGCCCGGCCGCCCGGCCUCACCAGGCUCGGCUGGCCCGCCCGGUGCCUUGUACCAGCACGCGGCGCCCGGCCGCCCCGCCUCACCAGGCUCGGCUGGCCCGCCCGGUGCCUUGUACCAGCACGCGGCGCCCGGCCGCCCGGCCUCACCAGGCUCGGCUGGCCCGCCCGGUGCCUUGUACCAGCACGCGGCGCCCGGCCGCCCCGCCUCACCAGGCUCGGCUGGCCCGCCCGGUGCCUUGUACCAGCACGCGGCGCCCGGCCGCCCGGCCUCACCAGGCUCGGCUGGCCCGCCCGGUGCCUUGUACCAGCACGCGGCGCCCGGCCGCCCCGCCUCACCAGGCUCGGCUGGCCCGCCCGGUGCCUUGUACCAGCACGCGGCGCCCGGCCGCCCCGCCUCACCAGGCUCGGCUGGCCCGCCCGACCACCCCGCCAUCGUCGAGGACGACGAUCAGUUUAGGGGGAGGACCAGAACUACUCAGUCUGCUACUCCGAACGCGAGGGCGCUUAGUUCGGACUAG